CCAGGAUGUCGCUGACUGUGGCUUUGAAGAUCUCAUUCAGAGAUGACUCCAGGAAUGUUUUCAGACUUGACUUAAAGCCUCACACGCUGCCUGAUCAUAUGAUGCUUUGAUAAAGAGCCUGGAGGGGAACUGUGAAGGGCACCACUGGAUGUUGUAACUUGCCUCAGACGUUCACAUGCAAAAUAGACACCCACAUGAGCUUCACAUAGAUGAAGAAGACAUUUGUUAUAAGGCGACUUUUACAGCGACAACAUUUCUCACCAGAACCUAAAAAAACCCAGAUUUGACUGAGAGGGAAGCUAAUGGAGGACGAAAACAUCUGCUCCUCAACGCUACAUAGUUCUGAUUCAGUUCUUCAGCCACACCAACAAGAAUCAUGCCCCUCUACAGACCAUCAACACAUCAAUGGUGAACAGGAGGCCAUUGUUUUGGACAGGACAGAGGUGGAAAUAAAACGGGAUGAACUCAAUCUGUCCUCAAAUAAGGGUCAAGACACACCUGAGGAGACAGAACCAUGGGAGCAAAUGAUGUGGUCAGUACGCCCCAUGAGCUGUGCUGGUGCACCACUUUCUUUUGCCACAGUACAGUGGGACAUGCCUGGUCCUUUUACAGAGGAGCCCUCGCUCAUGACUGACAGAAGCUUGGCCAAUGAGCUGGACUCUGGUGGUAUGACGAAUGUAAACGGCUCCUCCCCGUCACCUCACCAAUCUGAAGACGAUAAUGCUGAGCUUCUUAUAAAGGAGGAGAAAGAGGAACAAGAUGAGUUUGCCUCACUGCUCUUGAACUCUGAUCUAGAGUGGACCGGAAACAAUUCAGAGCCAUGUGAUGCUGUAGAUUUACAAGAGCCAGUGACACAGGAGCAGGAAGAUUCAGCACAUGAGCUGGUCUACGGUAAUAAUGAUAUUCCACUCAUGACAGACUCAUUAGAAAAAGAAGAAUACUCCGUAACCUUAGCUCCGGUUGAAACAGUGGACCUAAUCGAUACUCUCGAGGAGAAUGAAGGCUCAGAAGAUGAAGUGGACGGUCUUGAAGAUUUAAAACAUGAAGAGGAACAACAGGACCCUGGCUUUCUGCUGACUGGACCUGAAGACUCGGAGGAUCAAGAGGCUUCAUCCAAUGGUGUAGAAACUGAGGAAGAGGAAGAGGAAGAGGAGGGCGAUAAAGAGGAAGAGGAGGAGAGUGUUUCAAAUUUGUUAAAUGCUGCCAACAGUGAAGAAGCAAAAACUGUCAGUUGUGUGAAUAAUGUGGAGGUUUCUGUAGAGCCACUACAAACUGAUGAUACUGUACUAAACCUAAACCCAGAUAAGCUGCAACAGUCGGAGGUUGUGGAAGAAAGUGGACACUCAAGAAGUGAAGAGGACAUAGAGAUACUGGAACCAUUAGCUGAAGGUCAGACUCAAGAGACAGGAAUGUGUCAACAUGUAGAUCAUCACCUGGAACCAGGGCAACAAGAGGCUGUGGACAAUAAUGAAGAAUUGUCAAUACAGGCAGCAAAUGCAGAGAGGGUUACAAGCUCAGAAGAGACAUUAGAGCUGGCUGAAAAACUGGAGGAGAAAAGGAAGGAUUGUGAUCAGACAAUUUCAGAGGAGAGAGAGGCGUUUCCACAGCUGGAACAGUCUAAGUGUGAGCAGCUGGAAAUCACCAAAGAUCCUGAGCUGAUCCAAGCAGAGAUUCCACACCAGAUUGAGGAGGAGCACCUUGAAAACUCUGACGAGCUACAACAGCUGGAGGAGUCACCAGAGAUGGACCUAACAAAACAGUCAAGUGCAGAGCAUGCUAUUUGUGUUGAAGAUACUCAACAGCAGAGUGAGCAGCCACGGCUAACAACCGACCUGCCUCAGCCAUCACUCUGCGAGCAGCUUCUGCAACCAGAGAAUUCAGAUGAGUCAGAAAUAAGAGAGCAGCUGUGUGCCGAGGGUGAGGUCACGCAGCAGACGGCAGAGGCUGAGGGAAAGCAGGUGGACUCGCAGGCCGAGACGUUACAUCAGGCCGAAGAAGCGAGGGCUCCCGAGGAUGGAGACAAACAAACUGUCACGGCAAAUGGAGGGCAACAACACAAGCUUCCUGUGACAGCUAUACCUCAUAUGAAUGGAGGGGAGGUGGACAAAGAGAUGGCCGGCCACCUCGCUGAACGACUGUUCAAGUUGGACGGGAUCUCACGUGUAGACGUGGUGAAGCACUUAGAUAAAGACAACGACUUCAGUCGCGUUGUCGGAGAGGAGUACCUCAAAUUCUUUGACUUCACCGGCCAAACGCUGGAUCAGGCUCUGAGAUCUUUUCUGAAGGUUGUGGUGCUGGUAGGAGAGAGUCAGGAAAGGGAGCGUGUGCUGCAGCAUUUCGCCUGCCGCUUCCAUCAGUGCAAUCCUGAGUCCUUCUCCUCCACAGGAGCUGUGUUGGCGCUGACGUGUGCUUUGAUGCUCCUCAACACUGACUUGCAUGGACAGCACGUAGGAAAAUCCAUGUCCUCCUCCAAGUUUGUGUCCAACCUGGACGGUAUGAAUGAAUGUGAAAACUUCAGCAAGGAUCUCCUGAAAAGUCUUUACAAUUCCAUUAAGAGUGAACCGCUGGAGUGGGCUGUUGAUGAGGAGGAGCUCAAGAGCUCUGUGUUGCUGGAGGAAGACGCAGGAGACGAGGCACCGCUGCGCUUAAAAGCCAACCCCUUCCAGGACGUUCCUCACGACAAAAAGGCCUCAGUGGUUAAAGAGGGAUUCCUGCAGAGGAAGCUGCAUGCUGACAUCGACGGCAAACGCACUCCGUGGGGUAAAAGAAGCUGGAAGACUUUCUAUGGAGUGCUGAGGGGAAUGGUUCUUUAUUUACAGAAGAAUGAGUACAGGAGAGAGCAGCAGACUAAUGAGGAGGUGGUGAGCGUGCACCACUCUCUGGCCGAGCCGGCAGCCGGUUACACCAAGAAGCCGCACGUCUUCCGUUUGCAGACGGCUGACUGGCGGGUUUUCCUUUUUCAGGCCUCAUCCAAAGUGGAGAUGAAGUCGUGGAUCAACCGCCUCAACCUGGUUUCGGCUCUUCAGUCAUCGCCUCCAUUCCCUGCUGCUGUCGGCUCACAGAGGAAGUUCUUCAGGCCCAUUCUUCCUGCCUCGCUGUCGGCUCACACUCUGGAGCGACAGCUGCAGUCUCACACAGGCAUGCUGGAGUCCUUUAAGGCGGACCUGUUGCACCUCCAUGAAAACCCUCCAGAGGGCAGAAAAGCCAAAGCCAAGGAGUUGGAGGAGCAACGCAUCCGAUUAGAGUACCUGCAGUAUGAGGUAAGUCGCUAUGAGAUCUACAUCCAGGUGCUGGAGGGCUGGAAGACUUUGGAGGAGACGGACAAUAAUGUGUUGAACAGUGCAGAGCUGCUCAAGUUUGAUAAAGCCAUGUGUGUAGGCUCUGUAGAGGAGGAAGAGGAGGGUGGGCUGAAAAAGUCCUACUCCAGCCCGUCUCUGGAGGUGGAGCUUGCUCCUCCAACUGUGAUCAAGGUCAGGCGCAAUAUCUCUGAAAGACGGACAUAUCGCAGGACACUCGUCCCUCGAAUAAAGAAUAAAGAAAUCUGAAGUAACUUAGAGAUGGUACGAUGGCUUUGUGCUCCAUUGAAAAUGCAGAUUCUCUGCUGGGAUUUACAUUUGUUUUCAUUUGUGGACGCAGACGAACACAAAGGCUAAAUGUAAAAUCUGGCUUAGCAUAUUGUUGCAUUUUUAUAUAUUGUGCACUUUAAAAAAAAAAAAAAUAGACCUCAGGGAAUCCCUCAUUCUCUGACUCGCCCACUGUGGAGCAGAGAACCUGAACAUUCUGUUAAAUGACUCAAAAUGUAAUUUAUUUUUUUGUUUUUAACCAUCAUUUUGGACUCUGUUAAUAGAAGAAACUAGAAUUUGAAAUGUCCUUCUUUUUGGCAACAAUAGUACCUUUUUUAAAAAAGUCAAACCACAAGAGGGUGCUGUUGUUCUGGACAUGUCGGAGUGAAUGUUAGAGAAGCACAGGAUGUGCUGUCAGAAACUUGUUUUAAUGAAUCCCACUUGCACUUUUAUUUUAUAUUUUAAUUAUUAAGCAUAAAUGUUUUGUUUACAUUGUCGUUGCUGUUACAUAUUAUUUUCACAUGAAGGUUUAUUUCUGAAAUCUGUGUAUUUUUUUUAUCGUCUGGGAAACAAUAAAACGUUACUCGUGUUCA